CCUUGUAAAACCAGGUCUGACUUCAGGCGCGUGGCAUCUGGAGAUGCCUGUAUCUCUCUCCAUGGCAACAAGAUCCCAUCUGUCCCGUGGGGGAAGGUGAGGGGUCAACAAAGAAAGCUUCUGCUGCACCAUACAAGCAGAGAUAAGUCAGCACCUGCACUGCGCACUGGGCUAGCACUGAAGAAAGACGUGCAUGAUGACCUCCAUCAAUCUGCCACGAGCCAGAGUUCGACAAUGACAUUAGCAUACCAAUGCAUCAUUCAGGUCAACCAAUCAGAGCCCAUCGCAUUCACAGUAGCCACGAGUUCAAGAGCAUAAAAAAGCUGCACUGCCUGUAAAAAACGUCUUUACGGAUUUGCUCUCUAACUACACUGCUCCUCUUUCACUUACGAAGUUCCUUUUGGAAUAUUCUUCAUCAUGACUCUUGAGGAAGUUCUGAUCCAGAAGCCCGCUGAGCGUGCCGGCAAAGCCCUAGAAGAAGUUCUUCUCUCCGCUAGAAACAAUGACUGCCUGACAGUUGGUGUCUACGAGUCUGCUAAAGUUAUGAAUGUUGAUCCAGACAGUGUGUCUUUCUGCGUCCUGGCCACGGAUGAGGAGUGGGAGUGUGAUAUUGCUCUCCAGAUCCACUUCACCCUGAUCCAGUCAUUCUGUUUUGACAACAACAUCAGCAUCGUCAGAGUGAGCGACAUGCAGCGCCUAACCGAGGUUGUUGGUGACAAGGCUGGCCAGCUUGAAGAUGCCCACUGCUGUCUGAUCAUGAACCCAGCUGAUAGUUCUUGGGAAGAUCCAGCUCUGGAGAAGAUGCACCUGUUCUGUGAGGAGAGCCGGAGUGUGAACGAUUGGGUCCCAGAGAUCACCCUCCCUGAGCGCUAAACUGGAACUCUUUUACGAUUUUAUACAUAUUCAACCUACAAGGAAAUAUUCAUCCUUUUAUAGGAUGACCCUGUUUCCCAUCCCUGGAUACUCCUGAGGAGGAUUCUGAUCCAGGCAUCGCGUGGCCGGCCCGAGUGGCCCCAGCGAUUUCGUCGUCUCUUGUCCCGUCCAUGCCAAGAUGACUUCCAUUCUUUAUGUGAAUGGAGUCGGGUAUGCCACGAGAGCGACACAAAUGGCCCUCAUUCUUUGUGCGGAUGAGGUUUGGAGAGAAAGGAGAAGCGAUUUCUGCAUCCUGUGGUCCACAGAGCAAACGUCGCACGUUGAAGCACGCGCAGUAGGAGAAGAAGCGGUGCCAAGAAGAAAACAUUCUUAAAAAUAGACUUUUUUAAAAUGUCUUCUUGCUGAGCAGCAAUAACAACCAUUGCAUUCGGCGAAAUGUUUCCCACUUUCCAGAAUUGUCUGAAUACUCUAAAGGUUUCACUUUAGAAAUGUAAUAAUGGCAACAAAACUGAAAAUAUUCGAAAAAAAAAUAUUAACUUAUAACGCUCUAAAGGUUUCACUUUAGAUUGUUGAACUAAUUAGUUUUAAAAAAGAAAACUAGAAAAUAACUUAUAAUUCUCUGAAGGUUUCACUUUAGAACUUUAAACUUGGGUAACGUUUAAUGCUGUAAAGGUGUCUAGAAUAUUUUGUCCAGCUUUUUAUUGUUAACUAUAAUGUUCUUAAUGUUUACACUAUAAAGAAAACAUACAUGUAUUAGAUUAAUGUU